AUGGUUCACUUCUGCUGUGUUCCUGAAUGUCACCAGGAGGGAUACCGAUGCAAAAGCGGCGAGAAGGUCUCAUUUCACAAGUUCCCACGGGACAAGGCCAUGUUCAAAAAGUGGAUAAUCGCCAUAAGAAGGGAUCCAGGGCCAAACUUCGUGGUCGGCCAGUUUACGAGGGUCUGCUCCAAACAUUUCAAGCCGGAUGACUAUAUCCCAAACGUGGCCAGUGGGCGACGCUUUCUGAAAGACAGUGCUGUGCCGACGCAGUUUGUGUUUGCCAAGCCUGUGAAACAGCGUCGACCACCUAAGGAGCGAGCACUGCGCUGCAGCAAGAGUCUCACAAGCCAUCUUUUACAAGCAGCAAGCCCCGACACUGAUCUGAGUGAGCGUGAAAGUAACAGUGACCGAGAUAUGACCUGGGAAUCUUCACAGCAAUCCGAAGGUGCAGGCCAACCACGCACAACACUGCUGCAGAUGUGUAAGAUUGACAGGCACAUGCCUCCUGCAUUUCGGGAGCUGUACCCAAGCACAAGGGUGAUCAUCGAUGCCACAGAGGUGAAGUGUGAAGUACCUAGCUCCCUAGUUUUGCAGUCAGUGUUCAUGGGAAACUUUCAGUUCAGGUCGGCAAUCUUCAUCAAACGCAACGAAGAAGUCUUCCGAAAGGAGAACCUCUCUCGUGGCAUGUCUGAGGGAGUAUGGGCAUUUCACCUCUACUGUCCCCCAUGGAAAAGGUUCACAAGGGUCAAAGGUUAG